ACGAGCUUUAAUAUAUUUUUUUAAAGUCUAAAUUCUGGUUCUGUUUUAUUUCGUUCGCUAACACGUUAGGUUUUAUUUAUUUUAUUAAACAUAAGAGGCAUGGCAAGCCCUAGAACACGAAGAGUUUUAAAGGAAUUGAAGCCAAAGUACGGCAAUAAGACUUGUUUUGAAUGUGGUGCUCUGAAUCCGCAAUGGGCAUCAGUUACGUACGGAAUAUGGAUUUGUUUAGAAUGUUCUGGAAAACAUCGCGGGCUCGGAGUUCAUUUAAGUUUUGUACGUUCUACUACAAUGGAUAAAUGGAAAGAUAUGGAGCUGGAAAAAAUGAAGGCCGGUGGAAAUGAAAAAGCCAAGGAUUUCUUCAAAUCACAUGAUGAUUAUAACGAUGGUUGGGAUUUACAGCAGAAGUACAACAGCAAAACGGCGGCUUUAUUACGAGAUAGGAUUUCAACAGAAGCUCGAGGUGACUGUUGGAACGAAUCAACAUCAGAAGCGCAGAAAUAUAUUGCGCCGAAACCUGGCGGGGGAGGACUUUCCAUGACACAAAGAUCAACAGCUCAAUCAUCGAUGUCUGGCAAUGCCUCGUCGUCUGAUUUUGAUAAUUUUGAAUCGUGGUUAGACAGCGAUACGUCAGCACAACUCUCAUAUUCAAGCAACACUAACACAGGUUCACGAUACGUAGGAAUAGGAAACACACCCAUGCCUGAGAAGAGAGAGGACGAUCUCCUAUCUGGUGCUAUGUCUUCGUUAAGUAUGGGAUGGCAAACUGCAGCGAAAUGGACGGCUUCUGCUGCAACAGCUGCUAAAGAGAAUGCUGUAAAGCUUGGAGCACAGGCAUCAGCUGCAGCAUCUGACCUUGGUUCGAAGGUCAAUGAAAAGGUCGUGAAACCGACACAAACUAAAAUGAAAGAAGGCAAAAUGAUGGAUGAUAUAACAUCCAGCAUGAGUUCCUGGGCCAGUAAGAUGAAAAUCUCAUCGUACAGUAAAUCUGGACUCCAAAAUAUAAGCAGUGCAAUGCAAGGACAGGAGGAUCAGAAAAGUGAAAACGUCGAUACUGAUUUCUGGGAUCAUUUUGGAACUUCAGACGAUUACAAGACCUCUGUGACAUCACAAAGCACAAAAUAUGGCAGCCAAUCAGCUCCUCCGUUAGAAUUUGAUGAACUUACGAACCCUAAGAAACCAGCUGUAAAGAAAAAUGCGGAAACGGAUUGGGACCUGGAGGCGUGGCUUAAUAACGAUACUUCAUCAACCAAUGAGAAAGACUCUAAAACAGAACCGACCAAUGAUGAUGAACUAGAGGCGUGGCUCAAUGAUGAUUCUCAAAAUUCAUCCAAUCAGAAUAGUAGAAAUGAAAAAUCAACCAAUCAGAACGUAGAUAGACAAGAUUCGUGGGGAGGGGGUUGGGACGAUUCUGACUGGGAUGAUGUAGAAACAGAAAUUGACAGUACAAGUAAAAAAACAUCGAAAGCAGACUAAAAAGGGGUUGUAAAAAAUGUUAAAUGUAACAUGCAUUUUGUGGUAAAUAGUCAACUUUGCAUUUCCAAGACGAUAAGAUGGUUUAAUCAUAUGUCAGUAAGUACUUGGGGGUUGGUAACCGAUCAUCUCCUUAUAAGACCAUCUUUCCUAUUUCCCAGUUCAAAUAUCAAAAUAUUCUGAGGGUCUACAUCAGUGGUUCUCAACCUUUUUUCUGUCGUGGCCCAUUUUGUUGCACAAAAAUUCCGUGGCUCAUUACCUUUUCCAUGCCAGGGUAAAACUAUAAGAAAAACAAAUAAUAUUUCCCGCAAUAUAGACACUGUAACUUUAAUAAUUAGAAUGGAUAUUACCACUCUGCAGCAAUUAACAGCAGCAUCAUUUAUUGCUACUGCAAUCAAAAUUAGCUAUUAUUACACGAAUGGAACUAAAUUUACCUUUACUCUUGCAAUUUUUAAUAGGCUUGCGGCCCACUUGAAAAUGUUCUUAUGACCCAGCAGUGAGCCAUGGCCAUGACCCAUGGUCUACAUGGAAGGACCACUGAUAGUAAAGUUACGAGCAUUUACAUUGUCUCGCGUAAUCUAUAUUCCCGUACCAAACUUAUACUGAUAGGGCGGACGAGAGUUUGCUAUAAAAUUUUCGCAAUUAGCUUUCAUUUUCCAAAGGUGAAUAUUCAUUAAAAUCCUGGCCUCUCCAUCUUACGCCACAAGACUCGAGCUCAUAAGAAGUACUAAAGGAAGGCUACCAUGAGCAUUUUAUUAACUUUACUCUCCGCUGUCAAUCUAGCUACCUAUCAUAAGGUAGAAGAGUUGCAAGAAACCACUGAGAGGUGCUUUUAAACAUUCCCAUGUUUUUAGUGCAUUGUACAAUACAUAGCCAAUUUUAUCUUGUUUUGUUUUAGAUCAAAUUGUGUUUUUAUUUAAUAUUAUAAGUUGUUGUAGA